GUCUGGGAUUGCAGCACGCGCGACAUUAACCGCGGCUACAAAAUGGCGACCUAUGACCGUCAAGCCGCUCUCGGCACAGCCACGAUAGAGCAUCUUGCGGAGCCAGUGUCGACGAAAACCUGCAUGGCAAUUCCACAGGCUCUUGCGCUGGCAGGUGCCAUCGCAGCAUAUGCUGGAACAAGCAUCAAUUGGGGCGCCAUCUGCGCCGCGGUGGCCACUGGCGUCUCUGCGGCAUCCCUCUAUGCCAUCGACGUGGCGCAAGAUUACAGGGCAUGGCGAUAUGAUGUGAGCGAUUUCCAGGACUGCAACCCUCUGCAGAACACUAUGGCAAAGGUUUACUGCGACCUAUCGUGUGUUGAGGAUGCCGUGAAGCGAGGAGACCAGCAGAUCCUGACCUCCAUUGGCACAUUGAACCGGAAUAUUCUCUCCGAGAUGAAGGAGUUUUUCAACCACUACGUCUCCGAGAUUUUUACCCGGCUCACGCACAUGGAGGACAAGGCAACCCACGACACCGAUCAGCUCAAGCAGGUCAUGGACACCUACGCACGAGCAGACUUGAAUGCCGUCAACUCCAAUGGAAAGCAGAUCAUCAAUGCAAUGAACACGCAGCACAGCGCUCUGAACAAAAAUCUGGGUAUUGCUGCGAAGCAGAUCUUCGACCUGACUCACGAGGAGCACAAAGUGAUUGCCGAGAAGAUGGAUGCACACCUGGAUGCUACCUCCGAUGCGAUCGACAAGCUGAAAGAAUCGACAGUGCAGGGCUUCCACGAUGCCUUCAAUGAGUUUACCGAAGCAAUGGCAUCAGAGGAUCAGGACGCCAGCCUCGUGCAGCUCAAGGACAUGAGGUCGGCAGCUCAGCAGGCGUUGGCUGAGAUUGCGGCCUGGAAUACGGACUCCAUGUACAAGCUCGGCGCCACAAAGCUGGAGCAAAUCCACGUAGCUCUCACUGCGCUGCACCGUCAGGUGCGUCAUGCGCGUUUGCGACAGCAAGCUUGGAAUGGCACUGCAGGGGUCACUCCGCCUGUGCCGUCAUCCCUUCUGAAGAAGGGCGUGGCUCUGCAUCGCGAGGUAAACACCAUCGCACGAUCCCUUCUUGCCAUGAAGGCCAAUCUUCCGGAACCCCCGGCAUUGAUGGACUCGGAGAUGAAAAAGCUGUUGAAGGCGGCCGAGACCUCGAUCAAGAGCCAUGCCCUAUCUGCGCAUCGCAUGGGGCUCCACUUGGAUGUCCUCCGAGGGGGCGAUCGUGUGCACCAGGCCUCGGCGCAGCAACUCCACAUUGAUGCCCAGCUGGUGGAAUUCGACAAGAUCCUGCUGAAGAUUCGGCAGUCUGCUGAGGGCUACCUCGAUGCAGCGCAAGAGCAAGUCAACCACGUGAAGACUGCUACGACGAUCACGGAAGCUUAUCUCUCGCAGUGCAGCUCUGACUUCUUGGCAGUCCAGCUCGCCGCGAAGCGUGCCUUGCAUGCGGGGAGCCGGGCGGCCAAAGCUGCCCGUAUCGCUCUGCAGGAAGUUGCCCAGCAAGUGUCUCUCCUGGCUGACAUGCUGGUUGACGGAGGUUUGGUACGCUACGCCUUGCAGGCGGCUGCAGAGGCCGCCCCGCCAGCGGCGGCUGCCUCCGUCAAGGAGGGCCUGGAUGGAGUACCUGAUGAGUCGAAGCCACGAGCGCCCCAUGUGGAGACUGCAGUGCAGCUCCUUCACAUGGCAUCGGCCUCCAACGUUUCGAAGCAGGGGCAGAAGCGGGCCGCGGCAUUAUUACAGAUGCCCGAGCUCUACCGCAUCAUGCACCUGAGCCUUGUGGCUUCAUUCGGCGAGUUCAUGCCCCCAGUCUUGCCGAAAGCGCAGGCGGCUUUAAAGCUUGCAAUGGAUCUUCAGCACCGCCACGACAUGCACGGCCUGGCACGAGCAGGUUUCAACGAGGCAAAGAUCCUCACGGCAGCGUGGCGCCGGCUGAAUAAAGAAUUGGAGGACCUAUCAGGUGAGACGCGUGUGCGGCACACGGCGCUAGGCCAAGCCUUCGCACAGCAGUUAGACGCAGUCCUUGCGUUCGCAGCUCCCGCUCCAAGCCAUUGUGUGCUGCAUGGCCAGGACUGGAUCCUAUGGGACUCGCUGCCAUCAACACGCCAUGCCUCUGUCGUGGUUCGGGGCGCGGCCCUGCUCGCGCAGCAUGCGCGCGGUUACCACCACAGGCGUCUGGAUUUCGCUGAGAUUUCCAACAUGUCGGGCGAUGCUUCAGGCAGUUUCGAAGCCAUGGUUUGCGAUACUGUCCAUGGUUCGGUUCGUCGCCUCGUGGCUGACGAGAUGGUACUCUGCUUCCAGAACGACGCGCGUGAGUCAGGAUGCACUCAGCACCUGUCGCUUCCGUACGAGGCCGCGCAGCAGAAUUGA